CACUCGCGCCAAAACGUACAAAAAAAUGUAAUGACAUUAAAUAAUUAAUAUAUGGGGUUAAACCACAGACACGCCUUAAACUACUGAAUAAGCGCUUCGUAUUCACAUCUUUUCACUUCAUUGACGACAUUUCGUACUGUCAGUGUGAGAAGUGAUUUGUCGGGAUGUGGAGGAAUGAAAACCAGAGACCAACUGCAGGCUGUCUCUCCGUGCCUCUGUUUAAUCAAAGGAAAAGGAGCAGGCUGCCUUUGACGUCUAAUCCCUCAGAGAGUGAUCUCUUCACUACCAGCCACUACAACGAGACACAAACCCCCUCCUCUUCCUCCUCCGCUCUUCCCCCUUUGGGUCAGAGCGGUCAGUGGAACCAGGGAGCCUACCUUUCAUCACAGCAAGCCAGCAUGAGAUCUGCUCCUUCACCUGGUGUGGCGGGACGAGGAUAUGCACCUUUACCUCACCCAAAAAAACCUGCCUAUGUCUGGUCACAGACAGGGCAACAGAGGCCUCCAGUGAGACAGGAUUCGAUGCCAGCAGUUGGAUCCCAGCUUCAUGGUGGUUUUCCAAGGAGCAGCUCAGUUUCACUCGGCCAGCCCAGAUGGUCCAGCAGCAUCCAGAAUCAACAGUCAUUUAACAGGCCGGCAAAUUCCCCCAGAAUGCCGUACAGUCCCCAGCACUGUACCCCUGCAGCAGCAAGCACUCAGGGCCCUGGAGCUCAGAUUUACAUUGGAAAGGGGAACUUCAGACCUGUUGGACAAUCAGCCAGUGGAAUGUGGGCAAAAGAAAAGAUGGACACCUCGAGUGUCCAGACCACCCCUCAGCAGCAGAAGCCCCCUCAUGAGACAUUGCUGCAUGUUAUUACUGCUGUUAUUGAAGGCAUGAAGCACUGGAGCCAGUACAAGAACAGAGUACCAAUGCUGUUUGAGAUGUUUGCUGCACUGGACUCUGCAGUUACAGUUGGAGAACACGGAGCAAAGAAAUUUCUCAUGAGGGAUGGUAAAGAGGUGGUCCACUGCCUUUACUAUGAAAAUGAUCAGACACUGCCCAGACUGAUCAGAGGUCAGGUGCAUCGCUGCGUUGGAAACUACGACAGGCAAAAAGACACAAUGACUUGUGUGUCAGUCCGAGCUGCUUCACUGUCAGAGCAAAGGAAUGCCCUGGAGGCUGUGAGAGUGUCAGAUGCAAAAAUGAGGGAUGUGGUGCUGGCUCUCAGUGAAAUGUGAUGUGGAUCGAGUGAGUAACAGUAGAAAGAUUAAACUAGCUCAGACUUAUACUGAGGUUAGGGUUGGUUUUGGUUUAGUUGUGAAGUAGUUAAAGAAUGACCUAUAAUGGUCAGUGAAUGUAAAACCGUUUUAAAUCUGUGAUCUGUAU